GGAACGUGACAAACUCUUUUUUCUUUGGUCGUUUCACUGGAUGGCUUUCCUGCGAGAGAGAAUCUGAGCUUCUGAGUAUUUUCUAUCGUUUUCUCUCCCCUUUCUCACGCCCCGUGAUUAUCAUCCGAGGUCCUGUGUUUUUUGGGAGUAUAGGCAAAGCAUUUCAGAACAAGGGGGAAAAUGGCGGAAUACAAGGAUGCGUUGUUGGAGAAGACGAAGUACCACGAGGAAUGUCCAGGUUGUAAGGUCGAGCAGAUGAAGGAGCUCCGGCGAGGGUUUCCUUUUCGGGAACUUUUCUUCGUUUGGAUCAUCGUCCUCUCCACAUGUCUUCCGAUUUCGUCUCUCUAUCCCUUCCUCUAUUAUAUGAUUGAGGAUUUUGAUAUCGCAAAGACGGAAAAAGAUAUUGGCUUUUAUGCUGGAUUUGUGGGUUGUGCAUUCAUGCUUGGCAGAGGAAUGACAUCUGUUUUCUGGGGUAUUGUGGCGGAUCGUUAUGGAAGAAAACCGAUUAUACUCUUAGGAACCAUCUCAAUUGCCAUUCUCAACGCUCUCUUUGGCCUUAGCUUAAAUUUUUGGAUGGCUGUUGCCACAAGGUUUCUUCUUGGUGCUUUCAACUGCUUGCUUGGAACGAUGAAGGCAUAUGCAACGGAGAUAUUUCGUGAUGAAUAUCAAGCUACAGCAAUGUCAGCUGUUAGUACAGCAUGGGGCAUCGGAUUGAUCAUUGGACCUGCUCUUGGAGGUUUCCUCGCCCAGCCAGCAGAUAAAUAUCCAAGUAUAUUCUCCAAAGAAUCCAUAUUUGGCAGAUUCCCAUAUGCCUUACCCUGCUUCACUAUAUCAGUUUUUGCAUUGUUGGUGACAAUAGUAUGCUGCUUCAUUCCGGAGACAUUGCACAAUCACAAGCAGGAUAGUACAUAUGAAACUUUGGAGGCUACUGGAAACAAAGAGAAUAACAAAGGAAACAAGGAUUCUAAUGGAUCUCUCUUGAAGAAUUGGCCCCUGAUGUCAUCUAUCAUGGUGUAUUGUGUUUUAUGUCUUCAUGAUACUGCAUACUCUGAGAUAUUUGCAUUGUGGGCUAACAGCCCACGGAAGUACGGAGGUUUGAGCUUCUCAACUAACGAUGUCGGUACUGUUCUUGCUAUCUCAGGUAUCGGCCUAUUUGUCUUUCAGGUCCUUGUAUAUCCCUUAGCCGAGAGACUGCUAGGACCCAUACUCGUUACCCGAUUUUCCGGGGCGUUGAUGAUACCUCUGCAAACGAGUUACCCGUUUAUCGCCAACUUAACUGGCCUUAGCCUAAGCUUAGUAUUAAAUUCCGCAUCCAUCCUCCUGAAUGUUUUAAGUGUAAGCGCUAUAACUGGCUUGUUGAUCCUGCAAAAUAAAGCUGUUGAUCAGCGUCAAAGAGGAGCGGCUAAUGGUAUCGCCAUGACUGCAAUGUCUCUCUUUAAGGCCAUGGGUCCAGCUGGAGCCGGUGUCCUAUUUUCUUGGAGCGAGAGGCGAUUAGACGCUGCAUUUCUCCCAGGUGCGCAUAUGGUGUUCUUCGUCCUCAACGUUAUAGUGUUGAUUGGUGUGGCUCUUACGUUCAAGCCAUUUCUAACCACUCGACGAUGAUUGAUCAUGAACACAACAUUGAUGGAUUUGCGGGAAAAAAAAAUGGUAUGAAUUCGUAGUCCAUAGAUGUUUAAACAGAUGGUAGCUUUUGCUUGGAUGAACUGAACUGGUUAGGAGACCGGUAAUGAAAUUCAGCUAACCUUUAGGCCUUGGAUUUUCAUGUGCUUUUUUUUAUAAAGAAAAUACGUAAUUUUUUUAUUUGAAUUAAAAUUAUUGGCACCAGGCUUUUUUUU